AUGCUAAAAGUACUAAUCCCCACAAUUAUGCUAUUCCCAACAAUUUGACUAACUUCCCCUAAAUGACUAUGGACAACCACAACAGCACAUAGCCUCCUAAUUGCACUCACUAGCCUAACCUGAUUAAAAUGAACAUCCGAAACUGGAUGAACCUCCGCCAACACAUACUUAGCCACAGACCCCUUAUCAACCCCCCUCCUGGUUCUAACAUGCUGGCUGCUUCCCCUUAUAAUCUUGGCCAGCCAAAACCACAUUAACCCAGGACCAAUCAGCCGACAACGCACUUACAUUAUACUCCUCACCUCACUACAAACUUUUUUAAUUAUAGCAUUUGGCGCUACAGAAAUUAUCAUAUUCUACAUUAUAUUUGAAGCCACACUUAUUCCAACCCUCAUCAUUAUUACCCGAUGAGGAAAUCAAACUGAACGACUUAACGCAGGGGCUUAUUUUCUAUUCUACACCCUGGCAGGAUCACUCCCACUCCUAGUUGCCCUGCUCCUUCUUCAACAAUCCGCCGGCACCCUAUCAAUACUAGUACUUCAAUACUCACAACCCCUACAACUUAACCCCUGAGGACACACAAUUUGAUGAGCCGGCUGCCUAAUCGCAUUUUUAGUUAAAAUACCACUUUACGGAGUCCACCUAUGACUACCAAAAGCACAUGUAGAAGCCCCCGUAGCGGGGUCUAUAGUGCUAGCAGCAGUUCUACUUAAGCUUGGCGGAUAUGGAAUGAUACGCAUAAUAGUAAUAUUAGACCCCCUGUCAAAAGAGCUAGCCUACCCAUUUAUUAUUCUAGCCCUCUGAGGCAUUAUUAUAACCGGAUCAAUCUGCCUACGACAAACAGAUCUAAAAUCACUAAUCGCCUACUCAUCCGUAGGUCAUAUGGGACUAGUAGCAGGAGGGAUCCUAAUUCAGACUCCAUGAGGCUUUUCAGGAGCAAUUAUUCUCAUAAUCGCCCAUGGACUAGCAUCCUCAGCACUAUUCUGUCUAGCCAACACAACAUACGAACGAACCCAUAGCCGAACAAUAGUCCUUGCCCGCGGACUACAAGUGAUCUUUCCAUUAACAGCAGUCUGAUGAUUUACCGCCAAUCUGGCUAACCUAGCACUACCACCACUACCAAACCUAAUAGGAGAACUGAUAAUUAUCACAACACUAUUCAGCUGAUCACCCUGAACAAUUCUGCUCACCGGACUAGGGACACUAAUUACAGCCAGCUACUCCCUCUAUAUAUUUCUUAUAUCACAACGAGGCCCAACACCGAACCACAUCACAGGACUCCAACCAUUUCAUACCCGAGAACACCUACUAAUUACCCUACACUUAAUCCCCAUUAUCCUACUAGUAACAAAGCCAGAACUUAUAUGAGGAUGGUGUUAUU